AUGGCUCAGAAGCUACCAACACGUCAACUGGGGAAGAAUGGGCCUCAAGUGACAGCACUAGGCUUCGGCGCUAUGGGCCUUUCAGCGUACUACGGCACUCCGAAGCCUGAUGAGGAACGACUGGCUCUACUCGACCAUGUUUACGCUUCAGGGGAGCUUUUCUGGGAUAGUGCCGAUAUCUACAAAGAUAACGAGGAUCUACUCGGCAUUUGGUUUAAAAAGAACCCAGAGAAGCGGAAAGACAUCUUUCUCGCGACUAAAUUCUCUUUGUGGAUUGAUCCUGCAACCGGUAUUCGACACACGCGCAAUGAACCGGAAUAUAUCAAAGAAGCAAUCGAGAAAUCGCUCAAGAGGCUUGGUUUGCCGUACGUGGAUCUGUACUACGCUCAUCGGAUCGACCAGAAUCAGCCAAUCGAGACGACAGUUACAGCAAUGAAAGAAUUGAAAAGUCAAGGCAAGGUCAAAUAUCUUGGGCUGAGUGAAUGCAGCUCUGAAACCCUGCGCAGAGCGUGCAAGAUCGUUCACAUUGAUGCGGUCCAAAUCGAAUAUAGCCCUUUCACGCUGGACAUUGAGGAUCCACAGGUUGGACUCUUAAAAACAUGCCAGGAGCUUGGGACGGCAGUCAUCGCUUAUUCGCCACUUGGGAGAGGCUUCCUGACCGGUGCUAUCAAGAGCCCCGACGAUUUUGAACCAGGCGAUUUCCGGAUCAACGCUCCAAGAUUCAGUAAGGAAAACUUUUCCAAGAACCUCAAAUUGGUCGAGGAUCUCAAGGCCGUGGCUGAGCGCAAGCACUGCACCCCCGGUCAACUUGUCCUUGCAUGGUUGAUGGCACAGGGAGACCAGAUUAUCCCCAUUCCAGGUACUACGCGAAUCGAGAACUUUGACGAGAACAUGGGUUCUCUCAAAGUCACUCUUACCGAGAAGGAGAACCAGCAAAUAAGGAAGAUGGUUGAGGCCACCCAAGUUCACGGUCAUCGGUAUCCCGAGGCUGCCGCAAAGGGUUUAUUCGCUGACACUGUUCCACUGCAAACAUAG